UUCACACAGGAAAACACAGAUUAUUCAUUAUCAAGAAUGACCAAUACCGUUCUCAUAGCUAAUGAAUCAGUAACCAGUUGACUAGGCAAAUUUACCCAUUGUGCGCAAGGGAAGUCGGAGCCAGCCUCAAGGGAAAAUAAGGAUUUUGAAAAGUCUUGUUUUCAGUCAGUAUACCAGAACUAAGUGAGCACACAUUCACUCUCUGUGAACCCACAGUUUUUUUUUUUAAGAAGACCUGCUCUAGAGUUUGUAGUGAAGCCAAAAGAGACUCUGCUAAUGUCAUACUCGUUUCUGCACUGUGAUGGACAGGCUCGACCUCCAAUCAGCAGCUCCAUCCACUGACACCAUCCAGCAGGGUCCCAGCAUUGCUCUUACAAAUAAUAUCUCUGCUGCUGUUAUUAAGGUGUUCAAGGGAGAGGAACUACAGCCGAAUGAGCUGUACUCCUUGAGUCAAAAUACCAGGUGGCUUCUAAGGGCGGAUAUGGGCUUCUUUAUCAAAGAGUAUUUCCAGAAUCAGAUUUUGACCAAAGGUCUAUCAAUCGUUUUGGAUGAGAUACAAAAGCAUGAAGGAGAGUCUGAAGAGAGACAGCUUUUUGUUUUGGCCCAGGUGUGGGACAGAUUUUUCUCUGAGAUUCUACCUACUUUACAAGCUAUUUUAUAUCCUCUGCAGGGGCAGGAGUUGACAGUGAGACAGAUGACUCUCCUCGGCUUUAGGGAUCUGGUCCUAAUGAAGCUUUCUCUGGGUGACCUGCUGUGCAAGAAUCUGUCUCUCAUCCCAGCAUCCAUCACACAGAUGCUCCUUGUGCUACAGGGAAUUCAGGAAUCCAGAGGCCCUUCAAAGGAAUAUUGCCAGCUUGAAAGUCUGGUGGCACUAGUGGUCACACCCUAUCUAUGGAACUGCAGGCACACAAGCUGCACUGAAGUUGAAAAAAGCACCACAAGAGCACACCCGAGUCAUCCUGAGAUAAGGAUAACUCAUUACAUCUCUGAAGGCUCUUUGCUGUCCCCUGUAUUAGAACAGGAAGGGGAGGUGUACCUAGAGCGAGUGGGAAACCUACGCCGCCACAGCGUGACAAAUGCUCAUUCUGACAUUCAGCUGCUCACCGUUACUAGCAGAAUGUAUUCUGGGAUGGACGACAGCUGUGAGACCAUAGACUGACUAGAACAACACGUCUCUGAAAUCUGCCACGUUAUGAAAGCAUCUGUGGGGACUAAAAAUGCACAGGAGAGACAGAAAACAGGACAUUAACAAUAAUUUAUAAAGACACAUUUGAGCACUGAAUAUUUUGAUGAAAAAAAAAACAAUAUGAAAAAAGGAUUUUUGUCAGAUUUCCAGUGUCAAUACAAUUAUAAGAUUAACUUGCAUACAUUAGUCCAUCUGAUUAAAGAAAAUGAUUACUUAUUUUGUCAAUGAUGUUCAAUGAAGUAAGUAGGACAUUCACACAUGUAAGCAAUAUUGGACACAAAUUAAGUAAGGUAACUGGUGCCAUCUGCAUUAAAGGUGCGGUCACAUUUACUGUU